AUGGAAAACGGCAAGUCAGAUGAACAAGACCAGGAAAUGGAGGAGGCCAACCUGGAGAUUGCUCAGCUGCAGGCCUUGGUGGUGGAGCUGCGUACGGGGCUGCAGGGAGUGUUACAGGACGUGUCUGCGCUGCAGCAGAGGGACAGAGGUCUGGAGGAGAGGGCUCAGGGCCAGCAGAGCGACGUGGAUGACAGGAUCAUGGGAAUCAGGAACUCCCUCAACACAUUUAAGGAGGACCUGAGCGGUGCUCUAUCCCAGAUCAAAGAGGUUACCAGCAGACAGAAAGAGCUACAGAAAGGCCUGGAGCUCCUCCAAUCAGAGACCGGCAGAGAGAUCCUGUCCGUUCAACAGAGGAAAAGCUCCAAAGGGGACUGCAUUGGGGAGGGGCAUGGGUGUCUCUCCAACCAGACAGAGCUCAAUGUCAUCCAGCAUUACUUUGCCAGCCUACCCAGCGGCUCUCCACAGAUGAGCACAGCCUCCACACAGACCUCUAACUCAGAGCAGGACGCAGCCAGUGGCCAGCCCCAGAGAGCUCAGUCCAAGUCUCCAGUGUGGAGAGAAAGGAAAGAGAGCCGAGACGACACGGAUGCACAGAGCGUCCCAGAGAACGGUAAGAGGCAGGUUGCUGCCCUGGAGCUGUUGGAGUCAGAAAGGGUAUAUGUGUCAUACCUGUCUCUGCUGCUGAAAGCCAACAUCACCUUCAACAGCUCAGAGGCCCUCCACACCAAAGACAAACGGCCAUUCCCCAGUUCUCUACGCUUCCUCAUCCAGCAACACCUGGAGCUUCUCCACACCCUGCAGGAGAGGGUCCUCAAGUGCCAGUGGCAGGGCAUCAUGGGAGAUGUAUUCAUGAGGGUCACCAGCAAAGAGAGUGAUUUCCUGGACUUCUACGUGUCGUAUCUUAAGGAGCUGCCUGAAUGUCUCUCUGUGGUCAGCAUGUUGACCACCACCUCACUAAAAGCAGCCGGCCUGUUUGAGGGUGACAUCAUGGGGGACGAGACACACCCCUCUCUCCACACUCUUCUCCUCCAGCCAGUACAGAGGAUCCCUGAGUACCUUCUGCUGCUGCAGACCCUGUUGAAGCAGACGGAUGCAGAGCACCCUGACUACUACCUGCUGCUGCUGUGCAUCCAGCAGUUCAGUGCCUUCACUGCCCAGUACGCCCACCUACUGCAGCACAACCAAGAGCUGCUCCUGCACAACCGCAAGGAGCUCAAGAGGUCAGCUUCUGAUCCAGGCUCAGAUUUGGUAUUUUGGUCAACUAUGAAGCAGUUCUUCAAAAACGUGGACUGUGGUAACGUUAUGCAAGCCAAUGAGAUGGGUUCUCCUUACCCCAGCAGCAAUGCAAUACUUCUCCCCCUCUCCCCUCACAGAGAGCAUGCCAACCAGGUGAAACACAGCAAGCAGAGGCUCCUGGAGCAGAUCCAGUCUAGACGCUUUCAGGACUGGGAGAGUGAGGCCCACCACUCCGACUCUGCCAUCCCGUUUUUCUCCCCUGACACCGACCCUCGCCUCAAACCCCCAUGCCUGCAGAGCAUCCCUGAGAUGGGGUCAUCAGAGCGGCUGCCCAGCAAACGGCUGCCCCCAGGCUCAGCCAUGGCCGAUGCCCUGGGGGAGUUCCUUCUCCCUGGGGAUGCCCCGGGCUUGGAGGGUCUGUAUGAGGACACAAACUCAUCUCUUCACAACAUGUCCAUGUUUGACCAAUGCUCCAGCGCUUCCUCUGACUCUAGCAUCGACAUUGCCUUUGUGCGCUACCCCAAGAGCCACCAGGCCGUCCGUGAGGUCUACAACAGCGGGGGCAGCCGGGAGAGUGGGUACAAGCAGCUGCCUGGUCGGGGGUGCGUGUCUCCAGACGAGGCUGGAAUGAUGCGAGUUCACCACCACCGCCCCCUGCAGGCCGAUCAGCGUAAGAGCAAGUCCCUGAACGGGUUGCAGCUGGACAGCACUGUGAGUGGGGAUAGUGGCCCCGGACAUCUCUCUGACCACCUAAGGGGCCACGGGGCCCACCAACACCCCAAGCUGGAGAGGCAGUCCAGUAAUAAAUAUCACCCACGCAGCAGCAAGAGCCAGAGCAGCAACAACAGCCCCAUCAGCCCCCCGCAGCAAAAGGCAGAGCCAGAGAGACAGAUAGCAGCCACUGAAGAGCUACAUAACCACCACAACAAGGACUCUGGGAACCACACCCCCUUCAGUGAGAGGAGCCGGAAACAGGAGAAGGGAGGAUUCAGAAGCUCCUUCAAGAAGCUCUUCAAGAAAAAGUCGGGGGGAGGAGAGAAAGACAAGGACAAAGAUAAGACAGAAAGCCAGAACUCCAGUGAGCAAGAGGCAGGCAAUACCCCAGGAGUUGCCCACCUAGGCAUCGACCGUGGGACUGCUGUGUGAAGUGUGACUAGAACCACACUACAAAUUAAGUGGUCUGAGAAAGGUUUCAAAUAGGUGCCUUGAUAACGCACACACACACUUCUAAGCAAAAUUAUAGGCUUUAUAGACACACAUAGAUACACAAUGCAAUAUGAAACAUGCUGGAAGACCAAAUCAGACUGACGUACUCCUUUCUUAUAUAACUACUGUAAAAAUACUGUAUAGGUUAAGUAUUUGUUUUUGAAUUAGUACUAGUUUUUCCAUUUGAGGUCUCCUCAAUAUCCAUGGAGAUAAUAUAUUUUGUAUAAUACUGUAUACUCAUGAACUGAAAUAAUGUAGGUAAAGAUCUAUAAUUUGCCAUCAAGAUGAUUGGAAUAAAAAUCUCCCCCUCAAACCAAAAUGUUGAUUUUUAAUGUGAAGUUAUUUUUUGAAUUUUUAUAAAUGAAAUUGUGACAAGACAAAUUAAACAAAAUAAGAAAAGUCCAUGUUGUAAUCAAUAUUCUCUAUACCACAUGUUAACCAACCAAUAAUGUAUUUCUGAAAAACUCACAAAUCAUAUUGCCUGCUUAGCAAUUACUUCCCUUUAAAAAAUAUAGGUACUUAUCUACAAUGCUUGCAAACCAUAAAAUGUGAAACAGAUUCAACAUUUCCAUCAUAUUUCUGUACGACAGACACAACAGCCUUCAGUUCCUU